AUGCCACCAGCGACCGAAGCUCAGGAGAUGGAGAUGGAGAUGGUACAGGGGAUGUACGAUACGUACGAGCUCCUCUCCGACGACCCGCCGUCGUACUGCGUCUCUUUAGCUGCCACGGAGGAUGAGCCGCCGCAGCUGAAGGUAAUCAUCACCUACCCCACCGAGGACUACCCGGAAUCGGCACCGUGCGCUGUCACGUUAGAGUGCAUUGCCAAGACGUGCCGCAUUCAAGUGGGCACCAUAACGAAGCAAGUCGCCACCACCUGCGAGGAAAACAUCGGCCUGCACAGCGUUGUGCUUGUGCUUCAGCAGGUGCAGGAGUUUCUGUCGCGCGCUAUCGAAGAAGAAGAGAGGGCAGACCUGCUUCGCCGUGGAGAAAUAAUCGCAACUGAGGCGGCAAAGCGUGCCGGUGCUGUGGAGGAGGACCCGACCAUCCGACUAGGCACAGCAGCCACGCGGGAGCUCUUCGAGGAGUGGAUCCUCAAGCACAACGCAGAGAAGGCUAAGGCGCGGGCGGAACGCGAGAAGAAAGAAGUGAAGGUAUCUGCCUCGAAGCUGUCGGGCCGACAACUCUGGGAUAAUAGUCUGAAAUCCGCUGAUUGGGCGCUGUUUGGGGGUGAAGUCGAAGAGGAUGGCGGCGGGGAUGUGGACUUUGACUCUAUGAAGGAUCUGAACGAGGAUGAGUUUGAUCUUGUGUAA